CUUGCGGUCACUCUAAAAACAGUACUGGCGAAAGUUAAAACGGUGCAGCCGAUUUGUUUAUUUGUUUAUUUUUCAAUAUAAGAUAUCUAUAAAAAUGUUAAAUGCAAAGAUCGGUAAAGUGGGCAAAGUGCUAGUGUGUGGCAUGAAGAAUGUUGGUAAAACGGCAUUGAUCGAGCAGCUAGUUUACGGAAACGUGAAUACUGAAACCGAAUUGCAUCCAACAAUCGAGGAUAUAUAUGUUGCAAGCGUGGACACAGGACGGGGUGGAGCUCGAGAAACCCUGCGCAUUUAUGACACAGCCGGACUACAGGGUGAACAGGCUGCUCAAUUGCCGCGUCACUAUUUGCAAUUUCCCGAUGCAUUUGUGCUCGUCUACGAUCCAACUGAUCCACGUAGCUUAGAUAUGCUGGCAGACAUUAAAACUGACAUAGACAAGCACAAGGAGAAAAAGGAGGUGCCCGUCAUUGUGUUGGCGAAUGUGCGAGCUCGCAGUAAAAAGGAUACGCCUCCCACAACGCCAAUUCCAGUGGAAUCAGUAAUGGAUCGGGCAAACAAUUGGUGUCAACGUGAACGCAUCAAGCAUUACACCGUUAAUGUUAUGGAACGUCCUUCACUGUACGAGCCAUUCACAGUACUGUGCGCCCGCCUGCAUCCGCCGCAGACGAAGAGCACUUUCCCACAGCUGCGACAAGUGAUGCAGAAUCGUCAGAAGAGUGAGGUUUAGGAUGUGCAGAACAAAACACAUUUAAAUAUAUAUAUACAUAUAGUCUGCGAACUUUAUGACUAACGUGCAUAAUAAUUUUAUAUGAGUAUUAAUUGACCCUAUAUUAUAUGUUUAUUGUUGUGAUUAUCGUUUGAGCAAUAUGCUUGCCUUUUCAAAUGUGUAUAAAAUACUUAGUAAAGACUCUAUGCAGGCAAAUUGUAAAAUCAACCAAAAUUUUAUAUUCUUUUGUAAAAAGCUAACUUACUAAUAAUGAAUUUAGUUAUCAAUUUUAUAUAUAGUGGCCU